GACGCGUGGACCGUGGACGUGGAAUGGAUCGCCAGCCUGACGUCGCUUACACACAACCCCGUAUGCACAUACAUGAUAAAGAAACACUCGCGCACCUCCUACCCCAAUGCCCUCGCACGCUCCGGCCUGAUACUCCACGGCGCCGCCCGCCGCGCCCCCAGCACCCUCUCUCGCUCUCUCCAGUCCCCGCUCAGAGGCAAAUCGAACCCGCUCAUGCGUAGGCGGUGCUACGAUACUGCGCGCGACGACCCCGGGCCGCCCCAGAGCAGCGGCGUCGCGUGCUUGAGCGCGUUGUACGCCUGCGCAAACCCCAGCGCCAGAGUCAGCCACGCGCGCGUGCUCGGGCGCCAGCACUUGAAGUUGACGACUAGGAUGAGCACGCUUGCGGCGAGCGAGACUGACGCGCGCCAGAGCCAACUGAGAAUGAAUGAGAGGCCGUCCCGGGUGAGGAGGGAGGAAGAUGGAGGUGGUAGAGAGCAGCGCUAGUAACAAAUCAAACGAUUCAAAUAUGAGGCUAUAUUUGUUUGGAUUUGACCCCAAAAACCGGAUAUUUGACUGGCUCUAGGCUCGAUUUGAUUGAGUGGGUCUCAUUUGAC